UGUUUUGGGCUCCGCUUAGCGACCACAGCGCACACAUACACACACACACACACACACACACACGCAGGAGGAGUUUUUUCAACACCUUCGGAUGAUAUACGUCUGGAAAAAUGGUUUGGUCAGAAGUUUAUCUCACUGUGACCUGAUUAAAGGCGCUGUGAAGCUCUACUGCUAGAGUGUCGGUUAGUAACUGAGGGAAAGAGGCGCUAGCUGGCUAACGCUAGCAUUAGCAGGGUUAGCCUAGCUGUAAACGAUGCGCGCUGACUGUUUGCCAAACUAAAACCCUGGUUAAUAGACAGCCGGGUUAAUCAGGUUGGAGACACGUCAGAUGAACCCGGUUAGCAAGCUCGCUUUAAGAGAAGAUAAAUAAGUAAAUAAAAUAAAUAAAAAGAUCAGCUAGUUUGUCUUCCACAAGAGACUGGGUUGAGGAAUGGCCACCGCUUCCGGUUUCUCUUCAGGCGUGAGCGGCUCACGGAGCGCCGCGUCUCUGUCCGUGUCCUCGGCCGGAGCUGGGGGACAGGCGCAGGGCAUGGCGGUGGUGUGGGAAUGGCAGGACGACUCGGGAUCGUGGCGGCCCUACAGCGGCCAAGUGAGCUGCUUUAUAGAGCAGUGUCUCCAGCACCAUCGCAGCGCAGGCCAACCUGUCACCACCGUCUCCCUGGGGCAGAGCGACCCCAGCCUGGCCGCCUACAUCAUCGACAUCCCGAGCCUCAAACAGUUCCGACAGGACACCGGUAAGAUCCGCUCGGUGCGACGCAGCCUGUUCCCUCAGUCACCCGUCCUCGGCAACGGAGUGCUCUGGGAAUGGGCCAAUGAUGAAGGCAGCUGGACGGCAUAUGAAAUGCACACCUCUGGCAUCCUAGAGCACAGUUACCUAUCACGCCAGGCCAAGGCUGACUUGGGACCGCAUGGCAAUAACUACGUGGUGGACUUUACAACGUUCGAACAGAUCAACAAGACCUCUGGCUAUCGGCGGCGUGUGCGCAGGCAGAAAGGCACCCCGUACCCGCCUGCAGCGGCCUCGGGCACGGGCUCGGUCAUUCACUCGGGCCCGGCGUGCACGUGCCAGCAGUGUUUGAGCCACGGACCCAUGCCUGGCCGCUCGCGCCACUCUUUCUCAGCCGCAGCCGGGCCAUCCUCAGGAUACUCGCCGUAUCCCAGAAGGCCGCUCUCUGUAGGGAACAUGGCUUGGGGAGGACCCUGGAGCCCAGCAGCUACAUCUAUGGCUCAGCCUCCAGGGCCAGUGCAGUCCUUUCCAGCUACUCCCAAUGGCUUGAGCAUCCCAUCUAUCCCUUUACAGCUGAACGGUUCCAGCAGCGUGAGUGCAGCCUUGGCAGGCAUGGCUUCCAUUUUGAUGUCAGCAGCAGGACUGGGAGUUCGCUUCAUGACCGGCCCCUCCGGCAGGCCCAACCAAGCCCAGGCCAGCUCCGUUAAGAGGGCAAAGAGGCAGCACAGGACAGCCACCCCGAAACCCGAAGAGGUCAUCAAGAAAUACAUGGAGGAAGUGCGAGCGAUCCCUGACGAGGACUGCAUGAUUUGCAUGGAGCGUCUGUCCUGCCCCUCCGGCUACGACAGCCCUGAAGGGGGCAGCCAGGCCCUGCAGCCCAGCACAGUGGGCAAGUUCACCAAGUGUGGACACACUUUACAUAUGCUCUGCAUGCUGGCCAUGUACAACAACGGGAACAAGGAUGGCAGUUUACAAUGUCCCUCCUGCAAGACAAUCUACGGUGAAAAGACCGGCACCCAACCAAAGGGCAAGAUGGAAAUAUAUAUCAUCCCUCAGUCGCUCCCUGGCCACCCGGACUGCAGCACUAUACAGAUAAUCUACAACAUCCCUCCUGGAAUACAGGGAACCGAGCACCCGAAUCCCGGCCAGCCCUACACCUGUCGGGGUUUUCCACGCUUCUGCUUCCUGCCUGACAACGACAAGGGCAGAAAGGUGCUGGAGCUGCUGAAGGUGGCGUGGACGCGGCGGCUGAUCUUCACUGUCGGCACGUCCAACACGACAGGCGAGCCCGACACGGUCGUGUGGAACGAGAUCCACCACAAGACCGAAAUGAUGUCAAACGUAUCCGGCCACGGCUACCCGGACCCCAACUACCUGGACAACGUCCUGGCAGAGCUGGCAGCGCAGGGCGUAACCGAUGACUGCCUAAAAAGAGACACUCCUCGGCCACGUGAGCCCGAGUAGCUCGCGGAACGUUACAGGGGAGGGGAAAAAAAAGAAACGGACACAAUCGCUAAUCCUGCUUGAUGAUACAGAGACACUGUGUACGACCGUAGUAAGAUUUCGAGCCUCUAGAAAUGCUUGGGUUAAACGGCUUGUAACAUAAAAUGCCGUCACUAGGGGGGGAAAAAAACAAGCCUGUAAUCGCAUCUUUUCGAGGACAUCCGCUAGAAUUGAUUCUCAUCUAGAUUUAAAAAAAAAAAGUCAGACGUACAACAUACAAAACAGGCUUCUGUUAUUAUUAUAUCUUUCUCCAUCGGUCAGGCGCUCAGAUCUUACUCGGUACAUUAUCUAAGGAUGAGAAAAGAAAGGAAAGCCUGUUUACAGUAUGAAGUCUCGAUGAAUGUACAUAUAAGCUGAGGCGGUGAUGUUUUCCGAUUGUGGCGCUCCGGUAUUCCGAUUUCUGAACAGCCGCGUCGCUUUUGUCACACCGUUCGAGAGAGAGGCAGCUAUGAAUUGGGUUCGAACAUGCAAUUUCUCCGUAGCACUUUUAGCUUCCGCGGUGCUGUGAAUCAUAAAGGGAUUCCUAAAGCCACGUGUAGAAAACCAAUAAAGCUUCGUUUCUCAGCAUGGCUUUACGUUCCAAUACUACAUUUCAUACUUACAUUCCAGCCCCUCUUCCAGACCUCUCUAUAACGGAUGUCUUCGUAUUAACCACCCGGGCAAGGAUGUUUUCAAAAUAAAUCAGCGGCAUUGCUUGGAGUCGUAUUAACAAAUGUAACAUGUAAUUAUUGCAAAUCAAUGCAAAUAGUUUUUACUAGUAUUGUACUAAUUGUAUUACAAAAUUAAAGUGUUACAAAUUGC